AUGGCGGCCACCAAGAGGAAACAGCGUGGGGGCCUGGCAGUUCCAGAGAAGAGGCCGAAAAAAACCGAAAAGGGUGCCAAGCCGCCAUCUAAGCAGCGCGACAAGGCAGAGGAAGCAGAGGAAGAAGACAGAGACCGCAUCCCAGGCCCCAUUUGCAAGGGUAGGUGGAAAAAUAAAGAACGGAUUCUCAUCUUUUCUUUCAGAGGAAUACAUUUCUGAACAAGACAUUUAAUGGAGGACUUGAGAAGGUUGAUGCCUCAUUCCAAAGCAGAUGCUAAAAUGGAUCGUAAAGAUAAGUUAUUUGUGAUUAAUGAGGUUUGUGAAAUGAAAAACUGCAAUAAAUGUAUCUACUUUGAAGCUAAGAAGAAACAGGAUCUCUGUAUGUGGCUUUCAAAUUCACCUCAUGGACCAUCUGCUAAAUUUCUAGUUCAAAAUAUUCAUACCCUGGCUGAACUAAAGCUGACUGGAAACUGUUUGAAAGGCUCUCGGCCCCUUUUGUCUUUUGACCCUGCUUUUGAUGAAUUACCACAUUACGCUUUGUUAAAAGAACUCUUAAUUCAGAUCUUUAGUACACCACGGUAUCAUCCCAAAAGCCAACCAUUUGUGGGCCACGUGUUUACUUUCACUGUUUUGGGUAAUAGGAUAUGGUUUCGGAACUUUCAGAUCAUAGAAGAAGAUGCAGCUCUUGUAGAAACAGGACCUCUUUUUGUCUUAAAUCUCAUAAAGAUUUUCCAGGGAAGUUUUGGAGGACCAACUUUAUAUGAAAAUCCUCACUACCUGUCACCAAACACUCAUCGGCGUAUCAUAAGAUCUAUGACAGCAAAAUACAAAGAGAAGCAGCAAGUUAAAGAGGUGCAGAAACUGAGGAAGAAAGAACCAAAGACGAUUCUUCCACAUGAUCCCACUGCAGAUGUCUUUGUUACACCAGCUGAGGAAAAGCCGAUAGAAAUACAGUGGGUAAAACCAGAGCCAAAAGUCGAUUUGAAAGCAAGAAAGAAGAGGGUUUACAAAAGGCAAAGAAAAAUGAAACAGAUGAACAGCAGGAAUGCAAAAUGAAUAACUGGAUAACUAAUUUUUCAGUUAUUUUAUAUUUAUUUUGUAUGCAAUGUGUAAAUACUUUU